AUGACAUAUAUAAGAUUAUCAGAUAUAAUUUAUUCAAAAGAUCCAAUAAUCAACGCAUCGAUUUUACUUUAAUAGAAAAAGUUUUAUGAAAGUUUUUUAAUUCUCAAUAAAUUAAAAGAUUAAAAUUUUAUAAGAUAAAUCAAACAAAAUCAAUUGUUGAAAAAAUGUAUAAAUUAAAUCAAUUAAGAUUUGCAAUAAAAAGUAAAAAGUCAAUAAUUAAUGGGAGUAGCUUCAAAAUUAAUCUAAAAUGAUAUUAAGAAUAUAAAAAUUUCGAAUAGUUUGUAAAAAAUUAUUGCAUGGAAAAUUAAAUUAUUAUAAAAUUGGAAAACAAAUGAAUUUGAUGAGAUUUAUAAAUUUGUGAAUAGGAUGUUAAAAAUCAAGAAAUAAAUAGAUGAGUAUUAUUUAAGUGAGCCUAAUGGAAUGGUGUAAGCUUUAAUUUGUUUUUUUUAUGCAGAAAUUUUAAAUGAUUUGUUAGAAGCAAAUGAAAUGAUAAUUCAUGCCAAAAAAUCAGCAGAUAUAUAUAUUAUAGAUUAUACAACAAAUAAACAUAUGUUUUAUAUAACAACAAAAUAUGAAAAUGGAUAAUUGUAAUUAAAUAAAAUUUCUAGUAAUGCCCCCUAUUUUAUAUGUAAUAAAACUUUUUAGGAUUUAAUUCCUUUAGGAAUUCGUGAAUGGCAUAAUAAAUUAGUAGAUGAAUUUAUAAUAACAGGUAAAUCCAAAUUUGUUAGAUAGUUAUAUCAAAAUUAUAUAACUCAUGGAUAAUUAAUUGAUACUAUAGAUUUUGCAAUAGAUUUAACAUAUUCUGAUUAAGUAAACUUUAUUUGUUUAAUAUCUCCAACUUCUGUUAAAAAUGCAACGGUGAUUGUUGAUGAAAAAUAUAAUAUAACUAGUUUUACAAAUCAAUUAAAAGAAAUUAAAUAUUAUAAAGCACUUUUUUCAAAGGGAUCAUCUAUAAUUAAUGUAUUUCCAGAAAUUUAAUAGGUGAAUUAAAGUUGCUUUUUAGAAAAUGUUGUAAUAAAUACUUAAAAGUUAAUCUAUUAAAAUGAAGAAUCAGAUGAUAUUCGUUACUAUUGCAACUUAGAAAUAAUAGUGAAACAUCAUAAAGAUCAAAUGAUAUACAUGAUUGUAAAGCUUGAAAAUAUAUAAAUUACCUAUUAAAAUAACGGUAAUUCAACAAAAAAAGAAACAUAAACAAUUAUAUCAUCCUCAGCUAAUGAAUUAAGCAUAGCAGAAGAGAAACUUAUAAUAAUUAAAUAAGUUUCAAAAGAAGAUACAUACUUACCUCAAUAGAAUAAUGAAGUAAAAGGAUAAAAUGAUAUAAAAAGUUUAAAAGAGGCAAAAAGUUUAAAUAAAUUAUAGAGUUUAAAUGAAAUUAAAAGUUUAAAUGAAGAAGCCAUAAAAAGGGUUUUAAAUAUAGAUUCAGUUUAACCAUAAGUAUUUACAUCUAGAGGUGAUCCUGAAUAACAUCUUUUAGUUGAGAAAAUAAAAACUGAAAGUAAAAAACAGUCAAUUAAAUCUUUAACUUAAGGUGGAGAUGGUAAGGGAUUAUAACCAGAACAAUAGGAGGUUAAAAAAGAAGAAUUAUUUGAUAGGGAAGAUUAAUCUUAAGUAUCAUCUAUAAGAAUGCUUAGAAAUUCAAAAUUUUAUAGAAAAUAUGACCUAUAUAACAAAUUUAAUAAGCAUAUGCCUUUAAAAAGAUAACAUUAAUUAUUGGUCUUGUUGUUUAUUUUAUGUUUAAUUAUUUAAGCAUUAUUCAUCAUAAUAGUAAUAUAUACUUUCUAUUUUAGCAAUUAUCAAGUUUAAAUUUAGUAGCAUUUGCAAUUGAUAUCAAUUUAUUAGAAAUAAAAAAUCUAUUCUUUUAACCAAUGGAUAUGUUUUUAGUUACUAGAUGGAAUUUAUGGACUUACAAUUUCUAGAAAACUAAUGGUAUUAUUUCUUAAUAAGAGUAUAAUUCAGUUUCUAAAUUUGCAACUUCUAAUUUAGGACUUGGAUUUGACUCUUUAAAUUAAAACUUAAAAUUAGUUCUUAAUCGACAAGAACUUUAAGGAUUAUUAUAAACUAAAUAUAUAAUGGCUUAUUCUUAUCUUGAUACUUAUAAAUCAGAAUAAUAUAAUAUGACUCUUAGGACAGCAAUCUCUGUUUUGUUGAAUUUUUAAUAUAUUUUGAAGAUGAAUUACAUAUAUGAGAAAACGGUUAAAGCUGAUAGUCAAUAAAUCUUUUAUAGUUUUAAAAAUUAUCCUAUAAUCAGAGAUAUAAUGACUUAAUUAAAUUCUGAUAUAAUGACCCAAACUAUUUCAAGGGGAUAAAGUUUUUAAGAUGAAGUUUAAACACUUUUUUUAUUUCAGCAAUUAUUUUUGGUUAUAAUGGUAAUUUCAAUUAUUUAUGCUUAAAUUUAUAUCAAUAAAAAACUUAUUCUAUUCUUACAAUUAAGCUAAUAUUCUGAUAAUGAUGCUAUAUAGUAAGAUAUCUUAAAAUUUAAGUAAUUACUUGAUAAAUUACAAUAAGAUAAUUCUUAUAAAUUUAAUUAUAAUCUUAAAAUUGCAGAAAAAGAAUUAUAAUUUUUUGAGUAAAAAGUAGAGAAAGAAACAAGAAGUACAAAAAAUUUAAGAAAAAAAAGAAUACCUCCUUAUAGAUUUAUUUUUAUACUAAUUUUAUUUUAUUCAAUACUUGGUUUAAAUAGUAUAGUAAAUUAUUUGGAAUUUUUAAAAUAUUUAAAGAAAUACCCAGAAACAGCUUUUUAUAAAAAAUAAUUGGCUGAUCUUGGUGGUGAUAUACCCUUAAUGUUUGCAUAAAGAGAAGUUCUUUAUGGAAGAAAAAACUAUAUGUAUUUAGAUGCAGCAUAUUUUGAUAGAAUGUGGUAUUAUAUUAUGGAAUCUCUUAAUAAUACUAAAUUAUUUACAUCCUAAGAUCCUAAUUUUGAUAAGUAAUUUAUUAUAAUUAAAUUUUAAGUAUGCUUGUGACAAAUAAGUUUUAUGACUUUUAUUCUAAAAUUCAACUUAGUGAUUUGUGUGAAUACUUACCAGGAGAUCUAAAGAUUAGAGCAGCAUAGUUAUGUCCUACUAUAAUGAAUUAAAACAUGAGGCAUGGUCUUAAAGCUAUGUUAAUAUAUAUUUAAAAUUUAAUUGAAACAGAUGUGGCAAUUAAUAAUUUUACUUAUAGAGCUGUGCCUACUUAGAAUGAAUUAGAAGGAGCAUUCAUGAUAUCAGAAGUGAUUAAUGUAAUGAAUUCAAAUUUUUAUAAUGAUUUAAUUGAUGUUACAAUCAAAUUGGUAGAUUAAUAAAAAGUAACUCUUUUUUAUUUUAAUUAGGUUUUCAAUAUUUGUUAUUUGGUUAUACAUUUUGUUGUUUUGAUGUUUAUUAUAACUGAGGUUAAAAAUAAAAUUUAUGAAAACAGCAAGAUCAUAAUUCAUUUCGUCUAUGUGAUACCUUCCCAAACAUUAUUUACUGAUGACACAUUUGAGAGAACUCUCAGAACUUUGAUCAAUUUCUGA